UAUAAUAUACGUGAUAGGAGAAACACAUGAUAUUGCUUCAGUUUUUCAACAGCAAAGUAAAAUAUUGCUUUUGUGUUCAAAAUAAACAUGCCUUUUAUAUUGGAUUAUCUUGCAAUCGACUUAAGUGGCGAUGUUGACCGAGUUCUUAAAGAUGUGAGAAAACUUCAUGCGAAGUUAAGUGCCUGGCGCCUGUGAAAAACAUGUCUUCCAACACAGUUGCUUCUUUCCCCAUCGGCCAAGUAAUAGUUGUCGAGGGAAUCGAGCUUGAGAUACAGAGACAACUUGGAAGUGGUGCUUUUGGUGUUGUAUUCAAGGCAAGAGACCUUCUUGCUAGUGAUUCUGUUUGUUACGCUCUGAAAGAUGUCGUGUGUUUGAACCCAUUGUCCAUUGGCAAGGCAAUCAGCGAAGUUGAAACACUCCGUCGGGUGAAUCAUGACUUCAUCGUUAAAAUCAUAGCGGCUGACCAGUUUGAAGACUCUCGAGGGGGAUUUCACGUGCUGAUCUUAACUGAAUACUGUUCUGGUGGUACCUUGAACGACAGACUGUCUCAACCCAGUAGUGAAGAGAAAACCCUAAAAUGGCUGAGUCAAAUGGCGAGUGCGUUGAGCUAUCUCCACUCUUGUCAAAUCGUUCACCGUGAUUUAAAACCAGAUAACGUUUUGCUAACGGAUUCCACGAGAGAGGAUUUGAAACUUGGCGACUUUGGCUUGGCAAGAGAGUUUUUGGCUCUGAAAAGAGUGGAUUUACCAUGUUCGAACCGUGGUUUAGCGCAGUAUUAUAUGCGUUCGGGGACUGGUCCAGCUCACUGGAUGGCUCCAGAGGUAUUUACUUGCCACUAUACUGAAAAAGCAGACAUUUUUUCCUUGGGAGUGUUAUUUAACGCGAUUCUUGUGCGAGACUUUGCUUUCUCCAACAACGAGAAGCGAUGGUACGGCGCCUUUGUGAAGGUUUCAGGCGAGGUUAAGAUUGGUCUCGGAUACGCUAUGGCAGUGCUCGGCCGCGCUGCAAUGACCGAAUUCACUCACGGUUAUCUGCUGAAUGAGGAGAAUGGAUUCCGAACUUUGAUCUUGGAUACUUUGAAUUAUGUCCCGCACGAACGGCCCCGAGCGGAGGAAAUCUACUACAGAAUCGAGGAGAUUGCCACCGGUAUUCGCCUGCAAUGGUCAGAUGAAGAGAACCUUCACACUCAACGCUCAAAAACAGGAAAAGUGCGACGGUCAAGAAUCAGGGACAACUGUUCUAUUGCCUAGUUCGUUUACAGAUAUGAAAUCAAAUCAACCGCUGAUCCAGAGGGCAAGCCAAUAUUACAAAAGAAAAAUGCUCGCUUACAUGCCUGUGUGUAUAAGUUUUAAAAUCCUCAGAUAUUAUAUAUCAAAAAUACUGAAAUUAACUGCUGUAUAGCUUUUUGUGAUCAAUUAAUUAUAAUGGUACAAUUUCCGUCUACAUGCUAAUAUACUUGAUUAAACACGCUAAAUUUUUUACAAGUCACCGAAAAUGUAAAGAAUGUUGGUUGAAAAUUAUAAAUAUAACCAUGAGGAUAAUAUUGGAAGUUUAAGAGAAGUGUGAAUGUUUCCGAUUCCGUUGUGAGGGAGAUUGAAACAAAUUGCAAAUUAGAUCGCAAAGGUUUUUAAUUUUUGGAAAAGGACAGAAGGGAACGGCAGCAAAAAUUUUCUAGACGCGACGUAUAGCGUAACUUUCUCUCAGUGUUAGGAACGUCAGCAACUAAUGUUUGAAGAAAGGUAGGGACAUCAUGUCGCGCGAAAGUCUUGUCAUCUAGGUAUUCUAUUGAUUAUUCCAGUCUGCACGCAGGCUGUAACCAAAGCUAAACUGGGAGAGCAUCACUACCGGAUUGCAAUAGCUUGCAAUAGUGGAAUAUCGUAGGAGAUAAUGCCUAUUUAUUUCGCGAGAGUCUGUCUUUCGCUAAUUUCAUGAAUCGUUUACUAAGUAUUUGCCAAAAUUAACUUAAUGAGAAGUACGGUUGUCCACAAUAUUAUUGCACUGGUUUAGUACAACACAUGUUUACUGUAGGACAUGAAGUUAUUGGGUGUACCGAAAACUGUUGCACCAGACAAUUUAAUCGGGCUGUCUUGCACGGUUUUUCAGUCACCGAAAUGUCAACUUCGCGAAAAUCAAAAUUAUUAAACUUUUGUUUGUUCUGA